CGGCGGACACGCGCCUCAGGCGGCAGCCGCGCGAGAGGGACUUUGUGUUCCUCUGACCCUCCUCGGGGCGCUUCCUCCCGUGCCGCCCUUCCCCUCCCCCGCCGCGUCCUUGCGAGGCGCCUCCCAUUCGGUGGGACCGACCCGGGGGGAUGGAGGGGGCACGCUUCUACAACCCUCCUGGGACCCCGAAGAGACGCCCGCGUGCGACCUGAGACGCCGCCCUCGCCGAGGGCCCAUGGGCGCGUCCCCACGGGCGGGCAGUGGACGCGAGGGCGGCGAGCGGCGGGGCCGCGGCGUCCAAGAGGGCCGCGCGCGCGCGCGCUCCCGCCGCAGCCCGGGCCGCGCCCGCCCCGCCUCUAGGCGCCGGCCCCGGAGCCCGGUCCGCGAGCAGCGGCGGCUGCAGGAGGGACGAUGAGCUGCGCGGGGCGGGCGGGCCCUGCCCGGCUCGCCGCGCUCGCCCUGCUGACCUGCAGCCUGUGGCCGGCGCGGGCAGACAACGCGAGCCAGGAGUACUACACGGCGCUCAUCAACGUGACGGUGCAGGAGCCCGGCCGCGGCGCCCCGCUCACGUUUCGCAUCGACCGCGGGCGCUACGGGCUUGACUCCCCCAAGGCCGAGGUCCGCGGCCAGGUGCUGGCGCCGCUGCCCCUCCACGGAGUUGCUGAUCAUCUGGGCUGUGAUCCACAAACCCGGUUCUUUGUCCCUCCUAAUAUCAAACAGUGGAUUGCCUUGCUGCAGAGGGGAAACUGCACGUUUAAAGAGAAAAUAUCACGGGCCGCUUUCCACAAUGCAGUUGCUGUAGUCAUCUACAAUAAUAAAUCCAAAGAGGAGCCAGUUACCAUGACUCAUCCAGGCACUGGAGAUAUUAUUGCUGUCAUGAUAACAGAAUUGAGGGGUAAGGAUAUUUUGAGUUAUCUGGAGAAAAACAUCUCUGUACAAAUGACAAUAGCUGUUGGAACUCGAAUGCCACCGAAGAACUUCAGCCGUGGCUCUCUAGUCUUCGUGUCAAUAUCCUUUAUUGUUUUGAUGAUUAUUUCUUCAGCAUGGCUCAUAUUCUACUUCAUUCAGAAGAUCAGGUACACAAAUGCACGCGACAGGAACCAGCGUCGUCUCGGAGAUGCAGCCAAGAAAGCCAUCAGUAAAUUGACAACCAGGACAGUAAAGAAGGGUGACAAGGAAACUGACCCAGACUUUGAUCAUUGUGCAGUCUGCAUAGAGAGCUAUAAGCAGAAUGAUGUCGUCCGAAUUCUCCCCUGCAAGCAUGUUUUCCACAAAUCCUGCGUGGAUCCCUGGCUUAGUGAACAUUGUACCUGUCCUAUGUGCAAACUUAAUAUAUUGAAGGCCCUGGGAAUUGUGCCGAAUUUGCCGUGUACUGAUAACGUAGCAUUCGAUAUGGAAAGGCUCACCAGAACCCAAGCUGUUAACCGAAGAUCAGCCCUCGGCGACCUCGCCGGCGACAACUCCCUCGGCCUAGAGCCACUUCGAACUUCGGGGAUCUCGCCUCUUCCUCAGGAUGGGGAGCUCACUCCGAGAACAGGAGAAAUCAACAUUGCAGUAACAAGUGGUCACUUCUUUCAUCGAAACUCCUUGUCCCCUCGGAGUCUGGUGUAUGAAAGUGAAUUCUCCACCAUCGAACCUUCUUUGGACAUCAUCCGUUUUGGAAGAAUGGCAGCACUUUCCAAGCACAGGUUGGGGUUCAGGGUUAAUUUGCAAAGUUCCCCCAAGGUGAGGCUUUGAGGACAGUAGCAUUGCCCAGGUGAGCCUUGUGGUAUUGAAAACCCGCCCAAGCUGAUCAUUGAAGGUGGGCGCCCAGCAAGCCUGGCUGUUUCCAGAGAAGAGGCCGGGCCCAGGAUUAAUGUUGCAUUGCAGACGCAUCUCUGAACAAUCACACGCUGUUCUGCGCCAGGGAAGCUGGGGUUUUUAACAUCCUUUUGUGGUCCCUGCUUACGAUGCAUACUGCCCUGUGGGAGAAGCUUCCUACCCGCGUGGAGUACAGGUGCUGCUCCCUGACCUGGCUCUGGAUGUUCCCCUCUCGCUUAUUCUACUUCCUGCUGAAGGGCCCCUUCUAAAGGGGGUUGAGAGAAGGCCUUGCCUUUGUAUCUCCUCUGAGACUCUGACCACCCACUUCCUGCCAGGGCAGGGCCGUGGGAGACGCAGGCCGUGGGGCCGGGUCUGUGUGCGGGGCCAGGCAGCCGUCUGCGUCACUGUUUUCCAGCCUCCGUGUUGAGCAUGACGUAAAGUGACAAGUGUUUAAGUCAGCACGAAAACACUGAAGGCCCCUCCGUCCCUGCAGCCUGUGAACACGUCUACUCGGCCACCCGUCAGUAUAGGGAGUGUGUGUAUAGGGAGGUGGCACCCGGGAGCCCAGCCCAGCAGUGUCUCUGGGCACAGUGAUUUCAAGGGGGAUGGCCAGCAGUUGUGAAAGACAGGAUGAUCUGGAAUGUCUCAUUGGGAAGACCAAACCCCCUUCUCGCUGCAGAUACCAGAUAAGCACCCAUCUUCAGUGUCCACUGUGCAGCCCAGUCCUCUCCAUCAGCCCCAGCACAGCAUGAAGAAGGCACAUGAGCACCGGCCGACAGGCUUACAGGACAGGGUGCAGCAGCCAGCAUCCCAGGCAUCAGGGACAUGUGGGAUCUUCCCACACACCUGGGGUGACAUCGAAUUAACAUGAUGAGAAAAUUGCAUCUUACCGCUAAUCCCAGUACAGAACCACUAUGGGCAAAUUUAUAAAACUAAUCUGCACACCCUCUUUGCAAAAGGACACACCUGAGUUGAGUCUGCCUCUCCUCAUUGGCAUGAGCUUUGUGGGGGCGUGAGGCGCACGGACCCUUGCUGUGAGAACAGGAACCGCAGUCUUCACAUGCCCAGGGUCAGGUCCGACAGCAAACGAAGCAGACGCGUGAAUCCCCUGCCCUGUUCUCACUGACUGUGGAAUAUACGUUUGAAGUGAACACUUGCCAUUUUUCCACGUGCAGCUUCUCCUAAAGUGUCUUUUCUCCUAACGCGUCAAUAACGCCUCAGACACAGGUGUGCCUGAAGGAAACCUGCAGAGCCCCGGAUGGGGACAGGCUUCAGGAGCAUUGUCAGAGAGCAGGCAGCAGCAUUUCGUUUUCGCUCAUUUGAGGCUAGAAUGGUGCAGAUUUUAAAGGUCUUAGCAGCUUUUGUGUUUUACCUUUUACCAAGGGCUUUGGGGUAUUUUUUGUUUUUGUUUUUCUUUAUGAUAGUCUUCGUACUAUAAAAAUAUUUUCAGUGAGCAACUUCAAGAUAGCAUCGUUCAGAAAAGCAGGUUUCCCCAUUGGGCUCUCAGAGAGAGGGUGAGUCUGCAGGAAGCUGGAGCCCAUUUGCUGGAGGUUCCAGACACGCGCCUGCAUUUGUAUGUGUUUGACCCACCUGAAAGGUAGGAGAGCUCAGUUCGGAUCGUUGCCGUGUUGUCUAUACCACCUCCUUUUUUCCCAAACCAAAACGCAGAUCCUGAUGUAGCAUUUUCUCCUGAUUUGAGGUCUUACCAAGGUGUAUACGUUAAAUUCCACUCAAGACAGUUUCUUUACUGAAAAGGUAUGAAAUUACUUGAGAAGAAGUACAAAUUUCAGGCCCCUAGAAUCUGCCUAUUAAUAUAACAUUUGAAUUUCUGGGAAAUCUGGGGCACACAUUCACGGUAGAAUAACAAGGAGGCAUUGCUUGCAGGGGAGCGUACUCAGAACAGUGCUGUGGAUCCUGGCUUGACACCCUUUUCUGGAAAAUUGGGGUCACUCUCUGGCUCAGCUACAGAAUGGCCUGUCUUUGUCAGGAGGGACACUAACUUCUCAUUAAGGCCAUGCUCUUCAGGAACAGAGAGGAUGAUUUGGUUUUUGGUUUCGGGUUUUUAUUUUUAUUUUUGUUUUUGUUUUGAGACAGUCUCACUCUGUCACCCAGGCUGAAGGGCAGUGGCGCAACCUCGGCUCACUGUAGCCUCCACCUCCUGGGCUCAAGUGAUCCUCCCACCUCAGCCCACCGAGUAGCUGGGACCACAGGCACGUGCCACCACGCCCAGCUAAUUUUUGGAUUUUCUGUAGAGAUAUGGGACUUUGCCGUGUUGCCCAGGCUGGUCUUGAAUUCCUGGGCUCAAGCAAUCCGCCCCCACCUCGGCCUCCCAAAGUUCCGGGAUUCCAGUUCUGAGCCACCAUGCCCAGCCAAGAAUGGCAUUUUUUUUUUUAAUCCCAAAUAACAGCCUCUUUACUAGCUGCUAUGCUGGGGGAAAUCCCUGCUAAGUUGGGACCCUGGCAGGAAGUGGCCGGGGCUGCUUGUCCAGUGAGCAUUGUGAGGACACACAUCGCCACAUGGGCAGCGCUGCCCUGAGGCGCUUGGGGAGCAGCGUUCCGCCUGCUGCAGGUGUGAUGGGGUGCGGAGAGUGAGUGCCUCCGUGGCUGCAAGUCUUGCCACCAGCAGCGGUUAUUAGGAAAUGUAUGAUAACCUCAGUCAUUGUUGAGGGGGGAAGUGUUUGAAGUAAGGAAGAGGCUGAGGAGUCAGCUAUUUACACCACACACCCGCCCCCCUGCCUCCAGGGGACUGCUGUGAGCUGGGCCUGUGCCCGGGUGAGGAGAACCAUGGGCCUGUGUGGCAGGAUCAGCAAGUCUAGGGCCAGGGCAGCCAUCAGCAUCCUCUGGGAGUUGGUUGUGACUAUUGAAAUGCAAAUGCUUCCGCUUUGGUGAUUUUUUUUUUUUUUUUUUUUUUUUUUGAGACGGAGUCUCGCUCUGUCACCCAGGCUGGAGUGCAGUGGCGCGAUCUUGGCUCACUGCAACCUCCGCCUCCCGGGUUCACACCAUCCUCCUGCCUCAGCCUCCCGAGCAGCUGGGACUACAGGCACCUGCCACGACGCCCAGCUAAUUUUUUGUAUUUUUAGUAGAGAUGGGGUUUUACCGUGUUAGCCAGGAUGGUCUCGAUCUCCUGACCUCGUGAUCCGCCUGCCUUGGCCUCCCAAAGUGCUGGAAUUACAGACGUGAGCCACCGCGCCCGGCCAAGCUUUGGUGACUUUUAACAUCCUAAGGGAGGAGUAACCCCUCUUUCCUGUUAAUCCAGAGGGAGGGGAGGGAAGGCCAGAUAGCCAGGGCUUCCAGCGCAGGAGGCAGAGCUUGGCAGCCACUGGUGGUGAUAAGCACGUCUGCCCAGGGCUGCCUGCCUCUGCCCUCCUCUUGGGAAGACAAGCUCUGCCCCCAGCUAAAAACUCCUCACAACCCUGAUGAGCCUUGCUUUUGCAGAGAGGCCCCAGCUCCCAGCUCCCCUGGUGGUCCUCAGGCCUGGCUGCGAGGCACAUUCACGAGGCACUGCCUUGAGCACUGAGGUCUGGCACCUGCCGGCUUCCCUGAUGCAGCAACAGCCCCAGCUGCCAGUUAGUCUGAUGAUAUUUGGAAAAGUAUUUUUAAAAACGAGAUUACUGAAUUUUACAAGCUUGACAUUUUCUAUUGGCUUUAUAAGCUCUUCUCAUGUUUUUAUUACCCUCACAUCCAAUCCAUUCGAGCUACAUGCUAAAUCAAAUUGGUAUUUUAUAUUUUUAUUUUUUUAGAGACAGGAUCUCGCUCUGUCACCCAGGCAGGAGUGCAGUGGCACAGUCAUGGCUCGCUGCAGCCUUGACCUCGCCUCAGCCUCCCCAGUAGCUGGGACCACAGGCUCAUGCCACCCACGCCCGGCUGAAGCUAGUUUUAACUGAAGAAAACUCAAAGUGUUCUCUCGCUGUUAACCUUUAUUAUUGAGGCAUUGGCUCUGCUAUAGGAAAACAAGGAGGUGACGUUAAUGUCAGUGGUUGACAUUAACCACUGGCAAGUGACAGUGUGGCUCCUUGACAAGUGGUUGCUGCUCAUAAAUGUCAUGAAACAAAAACACUGGUUUUAGAGAAGUGGGAUUCUACAGUUAAUAUUGCCAGCAAACUUUUAUUAAGCUCUCACUCUGUGCCAAACACAUGCUUGAAGUUGGGGUGAAUCUGUGACCAUUAAGAUGUUGGCUGUUCAUAGGCACCUUAUCAAGCAACUGGGGUGUGAGAGCGAAUGAUAAGAGGGUGAAUCUGGAUGAGGAGGGACUUCCAGGGCACAGGUGGAGGAGAGGCAUUGCAGCCAUAGAGAGGCCCAAGGGAACAGUCAAGACAAGGCGGGGACAGUGGCCAGGAGGCGAGGGCAGCACUUCCUGGGCAGGGAAGGCUUGCCAGGGAGACCAGACUCCUGUCUCUGUUUGGAAAGAAAAGGAACCGCACUGGGGGUCAGGGAGGCUAGGCACGGCACCGGCCUGGGAUGCCAGUCCUGCCUGAGGGCCCAAGGCAAAGGGGAAGCAUUCACAGACCCCACACCAGGCUCCGACGCCAAGUGGAAGAAGAGGGAGAUAGAAGCAGAAGCCUGGGCUUCCAGGCCUGGUGCCUGGGCGGGUGUUGAUGGGACCCAGGGAGAGUCCUGUGGGGAUACUUUGGGUCUGGGCUGGCAGGGGCUCUGGAAGGAGAGGCAUGGAGGUGCGAACCUGGUGCCCAGGUGGAGGUGCAGUGGGGGUGAGGUGGCCAGGCUGCAGACCCCUGCAUCAGAAUGCCUGCGAAGCUGUGGGUUUUUUGUUUGUUUGUUUGUUUUAUUUCGAGACAGGGUGUCACUCUGUCGCCCAGACCGGAGUGCAGUAGCGCCGUCUCGGCUCACUGCAAGCUCCGCCUCCCAGGAUCAAGUGAUUCUCCUGCCUCAGCCUCCCGAGUAGCUGGAUUUACAGAUGCAUGCCACCACGCCCGGCUAAUUUUUUGUAUUUUUAGUAGAAACGAGGUUUCACCACGUUGGCCAGGCUGGUCUCAAACUCCUGACCUCAAAUGAUCCACCUGCCUCGUCCUCCCAAAGUGCUGGAAUUACAGGUGUGAGCCGCACCAGCCUGUUUUUUAAUUUUUUUUAGAGACAGGGUCUCACUCUGUUGCCCAGACUGGAGUGCAGUGGUGUCAUCUCGGCUCACUGCAGCCUCGACUUCCAGCGCUAAAGCAAUCCCCCCACCUCUGCCUCCCGAGUAACCGGGACUACACACGCGUGCCACUACACCCAGCUAAUUUCUAAAAAUUAUUUUACAGACGGAGCUUCUCCGUGUUGCCCAGGCUAGCCUCAAACCCCUGGGCUCCAGUGACCCUCCCGCCUUAGCGUCUCAAAGUGCUGGGAUUACAGGCAUGAGCCACCACGCCCGGUCAGAAGCUGUGUUUUUAAGUGGACAUGCCAUCUUGUCCUGCUGAAGUAUCUCCAUGUAAUCACAAUAUCUAUGGCACCCAAAUCUCCUCCUUCCUCCUCCCUCCACCAAAACACCCCCACAGGCAUGAUACCCUCCCAUGCGCUGGAGGCAGAAUCUCCCAAGGGGAGCUGGCCAGGAGAGGUGUCCCUGAGUUCAGAUGGAGGUGGAAGCCAGAGUGGGGCUGGGACCGCCCAGUGACAUGAGGAUGGGGCUUGGGAUAAAGCCCUGGGGACACUGACAUUUAAAGUGUGGACAGAAGGAGCUACUGAAGGCAACGGAUUUAGAAAAGCAAUUGAGUAUGAUUUCCUUCUUCAAGAAAGGCUGUCCAACUAGCUCUCACUUCCUCUCGUGUGUUCAGUGUCACCCGGAAGCAGAGUUUAAUGUGACUAAAGUCAACAUUGGCUCACACUGUCACGGAGUGUGGGAAGAUGAGUGAGGACUCAUCGCAGGGCGAUACCCACAGCUUAAAACAGGCACCUUCCCCUCCCAGGUCUGGUUAGGGCAGUUGUUACAUAUGAGGGGCAUGGAGUUUUGUCUUGUAUUUUGGCCUUGUUGGUAAAGCAUUCCAAAGCUUCGACACACACUCCUUUCAGCCCAUUAGGAAAGGCUGUUGAUUGUAAUAUUCACACAGCUCCCUGGGCUAUGGUUAAGAGCCUUGCAGAAGGACUGGGAGAAGCCCUGUGUAUUUGAAGUAUUGUAGCAUCAGAAAAAAACACCGGAAGAAGGCAGGUGGGGACAAGGUGCCUAUGUCUGCUCCUUGGAUUCCUUUCCUUAUUGUCCGAGGCAACUACAGGGAAAGCAAAGCGUGAGCCCCCAAAUCCACACCUGGGAGGAACGUUCCCCUUUGCGAGGCAUGGGACUGGCUGGCCCUGUGUCUCACGGGGGAGGCAACUACAGGGAAAGCAAAGCGUGAGCCCCCAAAUCCACAUCUGGGAGGAACGUUCCCCUUUGCGAGGCAUGGGACUGGCUGGCCCUGUGUCUCAUGGGGGCUCUGAGUUUUGGGGUCACACUAGCCUCCUGAGGCCUGGCUGAGAGGGCUGGGUUGGGGGUCAGGAGGCCCCCUGUAGCCACGAAGCUCCUCUGGGGCAUUGUUAAAGGUUCACCCUCUUUUUUGUGGGUAUCCUGGAAGAUCUCAAGAAACUGAGCUUGGAAGAAGAGAGGCCGAGAGGGUCUCCCGCCGCCUGCGUUCUCCGCAGCUGUGGCCCCACAGCCUCCAGUGACCACGGAGGGGAAGGUGCCACCCGCCUUGGCUGCUGAAAGGGUGAUGCUCUUAUGCCUGAGUCUUGGCUCCUGUGGUCCUGCAGAGACCCUGUGGGGGCCGCCCGGUCGUCACCUGCACUCAUCUUGGGUUUUCCUUCCUUUUCCACCCUAAGCUCAAGGUAUUUUUUUCCUGUUUUCUUCACUCUAACUUGGGGAAGAAGGAAGAUCCUUUACGGAAAAGAAAAAAAAAGCACCUUUGAACGUCCUGCAACUUGAGUUUUAAGCUUUCAGAAGGAUUCGGUGCUGCUGGCCCGCUCAGACCCCCGCCUGGGCUGUGGAGUUCCUCCCGUUGGCCCCGCCUCCCUGUACCACCAAAGCUCUAGGCGGCCCAGCCACCCCUGUGAAAGCGGCGCCCGUAGCCAGACGCCAAGGCUGCCGUCCCGAGCCGAGGGUGGCACCUUGCCCAGCGCACGUGCAUUCUCCUGUGGGAACUCGGGGGGCAUGUGGUGAGCAGGCUCCUGUCAGUUGAGGCGGAGGCUCCCGGCCCAUCUUUGCUCUCCUCAGGCUGCCCAGCUCCUGGCGGCACAUGGUGGCCUGGCAAGGCUGACUUGGCCUCCUCAGUUCCCCACCCAUCCGCGGAUCAUCGCCUUCCCUCGCCGCCUCUCUCUACAGCCACCGACAUCUGCGGAGCGUCACAGACUGGUUCUGAGCUGUGGUUUACAAAUUUAACCCAACACAGAGUGAAUUCAAAUUUGCUUUUGGAACAGCCUUUAUCUCCAAUUAAGUGCAAGUAUAUUUACACUACGUGAUAUUAAAGGACUUCUCCAGUGACUGGGAGGUACUGAACCAAAACGUUUGUAAAGAAACGGUGGGGUGAGGUGGUUAGGUAGAAUAUACCGUCCUGGCCAUUUCUCUUCCUUCAGGCGAGUAAGCGCUCCUUCAGCAGAAAGGCUGCGGAUUGCUGGCUGUGCUCUGUGGACUGGGCCAGUAGGUGUGGCCCAGGUCCAGGUCCUGGCACCUCUGCUGAGUGCCCAGCCUGAGAUGACACGUGCCAUCCUGGAGAGAAGCAGAGAGGGUGCUGUCUCCAGGCGUUCUCCAGACAGCGUGGGCCUGGCUUGCUGAGCCAGCUGCAGGAGGGGAUCUCCUGACUGGGGCUUGGGACCAGAUCUGCUGCAGAGAGGCAAUAACUCUGUCUAAAAAGAAAACUUGUCCCGUGUGAUUACAAAAACAGGAAAAGGCUCCAAGCUAGGAAAUGAGAUUUGAGGUAUGGAGAACAUUCUCACCUGAUGGAAGCAUCCUGUUCCUGUACAGGAGGAGGAGCUGGUGCAAGCCCUAGGCCACAUAUGUCACAGUUGUUUUGGACCCUCCGUAGCUUUUAUACUCAUAAAAUAUUAAAGUUGCCCCUUUCAUAUUUGGGUCAUUGAAAGAGCCCACCGUACUCUAGGUUCCUGCUCACUAUGCACAACAUCUCAGAAGAUGGCGUACAAAACUAUUUUUCUAACUAUAGCACAGGUAAUGUGGGGGUGGGGAGGCUUGGGAUAUACCUAAAUGUGGCAAAUGAUUUAUCUUCCACCUUGAGGGAUGAAAAGGAAACUAUGCACUUGAAUUUUAAUUAAAAUUUUAAUUUAAUUCAUUGGAUAGCUUGUGCCAGAAAGAACAGUCAAUAUUCAAGAAGCAAAACUGACGAUUAGCUCAGUUUCGGGCCUCCCUGUCGGGGGAGUUUUCUUGUCUGGAACGCAAACACCUACAAGUAGAGUGUGAGCUGGUUCUUGACAAUCAGAUCUCAUCAACCCUUUGAAAUGUUCUGGGCAGCACAGCUCCUCGGUCUGCAUGGUUGGUGUAAGUAUAAUCAAGUAGUGAAAUUGUAUGGUAUAUACCUAUAUGCCAACAGUGUACACCUGUAUGUGCAGAAUUUGCUAAUAUAACCAUUUCAAUAAAAACCUAUUGAAAAAGCUGA